AUGGCGAAAACAGAAAGCAUGAGAAGAAAGCUGAAACCAGUGAUAGAGAAAAAGAGAAGAGACAGAAUCAAUCAGAACUUAUCUGUACUCAGAGCUCUUCUCUUCAGGAACACAGCAGAUACGCGUUUACAAAACCCAAAACUGGAGAAAGCAGAAAUUUUAGACCUUGCUGUCCAAUAUAUAAGAAGGAAUACACAGAGCAGGACAGAACAAAAAGUGCUGGGCAAUAAAACGGAUGCUGGGUUCACACAAACUCUGUUCAAGGACUCGAAAGCUGCUGCACAUCUUCAUCAAUGUGUUUCAGACUUUACUGCUAUUGUGGGCCAGAUGCAUCAAUCCAACAGGGAAAACGUGCUUCAGAAUUUGGAACACUAUCUGGACUGCCAUCAGAGCCACUCUUUAAGAGCACGGAGAGAAACAGCUCAUUUAUUAAAAUACUCCAAGGCGAAUCUCUUCCCAUCUACAUCCCAAAGUCACCUCAUUCUACCUAACCAGACUCUACCUUUCCCAGAGUCAUCUUUACUCAGUUCUAAACCUGUUUACCAAAACUCUGUUGUAUUAACUCCACCAGACCAGCUCUCUCCUCCACCCUCUCCACUUUUUUCCUCCUUGUCGCCAGCGAUUAGCACGAGUCCUUCAUAUUUGUCUGUUCCCCUCUGUCUACCAUUUGGCCAUUCCGUGUCUCCACCCUCCACCUCCCCCCAUCCCUUUACAAUCCCAAACUCUGCCUGUAGUUCUGAAAAAUUACACCAGUCAUCGCAUCCUAACAAGUGUAGAGAUCUCCAUACACCACCUUCUCCCAGUUUGGACAUGGCAGAAGUGUUCCCUCUUCGAGGUCAUACAGCGUGGAGGCCAUGGAACUAA